AGCGGUCGCCUAGCAACGCUCCAAACAACCAGUUCUCGGGGUGGUGGGGAAGCUAACAAGCUAACUUGCUCUGUCAGAGACUUUGGAGCUCAACAAACUUUCCUCAAAAAACAGAUGUAGCUUAAAGAAGGAAAAAAAAAAUGGACCGAGAACUGACUGAAGAGGAACUGCAGGAUUUAUACGCCUGGAUAGACAAAAUCCCUCUUUCCCGGCCCAAAAGAAACAUCACCCGAGACUUCAGUGAUGGAGUGAUGGCUGCAGAGGUUGUCAAACAUUUCUUCCCAAAGCUUGUCGACCUGCACAACUAUAUUCCUGCAAACUCCACUCAGCAGAAGCUCAGUAACUGGAACCUUCUCAACAGGAAGGUGUUUUCCAAGCUGAACUUUCUGGUGCCAGAGGAGACAGGGAGGAGGAUUGUACUGAGCACUGCAGGAGUGAUAGAGCCUGUGCUGAGCGCCCUCAGGGACAAGAUAGACAAGAAACUGGAGCACUCUGCAGAGAAUGUGCUUAUCUGUAAUGAUUUGGAAUACUAUGACCACAAUAACCAGGACAAACAUCAUGCAGAAAUCUGUCAGAAUGAAGCAAAGCUUCUUGCUCAGCUGGCCGUAGAGGAGAGGAAAAACGAUGGAAAGAGCAAAAUAAAGAACGGUAAACCACAGCAAACAGCACAGCUUUACCCAAACAUGGACCCAGCUCUAUGGCUAAUCCUGCAGGAAAAAGAGAACGCUGUCUUGGCUUUGCAGGAGACAGUGGAGAUCUUACAGAUGAAAGUGAACCGGUUGGAGCAUCUAGUUCACCUGAAGGACACGAGGAUAGAAGAUCUGAUCCGACAUUUGGAGACGUACAAAGGAAAAGGCAAAGCGCAGUGAUAGAAAGAGCUGCUAGAACAAUACAAACAAACACACCGAUAACUGGCGCUCUGAGAUUCGACUCCAAUAAACUCUUUGAAUUAAAUUAAAACAUUUGUCGAGGAAAAGAUUCAGAUUAUUUAAUCUUUAGAUCAUUUGCAAAUGCAAGGAUAGUGUGUUUGGUCUGGGGUUUAUUUAUUUACUUCAUGUUUCAAAAUGUGACACAAUCUCAUCGUUUUAAUAGAAGAAAAUAAUGACCUGCAGGUAUUGCAAAGUGUGUUCAUGUGUGCAAGUAUCUUCCCUGAAGAUGCUAGAUUAACAUGGUUGUCGCCCUGUUUUAUUGAAAUUAGCUUUUUAUUGUGAGGAGUGAGUUUUUUUUAAUAGUGUUUGUGUCUCAACAGACUUAUUGGACCUUCUGCCAAAUUCUUAAUAACCUACAAAACACUUCAAUUAUCCAAAUUGUCAUUUUAAAUAUCGAGAUACGCAGAGUAAAUUUGUAUAGAAUGGAAAUUAACCGACUUCUGCAAAUAAAAUGACGUGCAGCAAGGAGUUUUAACAUCGUAAUUUCCUUCCAGUUAUUACAUUUCAUCAUGUAUUGAAACUCUUGUUCCUGUUCAUAUGUGAAGAUGACAAAGAUAGAAUGCAACACCUAUUUCUCCCCUUUUUAAGCAACAUCUUCAGUAUGAAUGUAUGCCAAGCUGACAGAUGACUAAAUAUGGUAAAGCAGAGCUGACAAACAAACCACCGAGCAUUUCUUGUGCUCUGUGUUUUAUAUAUAGAGGAACAUAGUUUACAUCACUUUCUGUAAAAGGAGGUUGCGUCAGUGAGAUGGCCUUAGGCGUGUUUUUCUAUGAUUCUAUCACACUAAACCUGCUGGGGUGUGUCGGUCAGUGUUUGUGCGUCCCUGCUGUGUCGUCUUUGAUUGUGCACAGCAGCUGAUCCAUUCCAGCUGCCUGCUGCUGUGACGGCCUUUUGUUGUCCUGAUUACAGUCAUACCAACUAAUCAAUCACCAUGAUCAAGAUUAAAGAAAACACUGAGGUUCAAAUCUUACAUGUUGUAGAACUGACACUUCAUCAGUCCAAGUAAAGACCUUUCUCAAACUUUGCAUCUUAUUACAAAUAAGUUUAAUCAGGACUAAAGAUCUCUGGAAUGCAUGUAUUUUACAAUUUAAAGUUUUAUUGUAGGUUGGCCAGCUAAACCAGUUUACUGCCCAGUUAGCAGCACUCUACAAAGGCAAUCAUUUCAAUCCAUGUUUAUUUGAUGUUUUCUUUUACUGGGCAAAUUAAGUCAUCAUGUAAAUAACUUACUCCUUCCCAGUUAUCAUGUGUAGUGUAUUAAUUGUGCUUUCUCUGCUGCUGUUUCAACACAAUUAGUAGUCUAUAUAAAGUUCAAUGUGAGGGAAAAUGGGACAAAGACAUGAUUGCACCAUCAAAAAUCACGUUGGCAUGGGGUUUCUAUAAUCAAUGUGAAGCUAUAUCUAUAAUUAGGUGUGUUAAAAGUUCAGAUUAAAACCACACUUUACACCUAAGUACAGCAAAGGUUAGCAAACCGAGCUCGUUGCUAAGACGUUUUAUUGAACAAACAGUCUGAGUCUGCAAAUCCCAGUCUAUCCUGUGACUGAUUUCUAUUUUGCACUUAACAGUUUUGUGACUUCACAGUAAAUAAA